AUGACUGAACAAGAUCGAAAGAGGUGGUUAGAUGCCAUCGAAGAAAUGGCUUCACAGGGACUGAGAACGCUCGUGCUUGCCUAUAAGGACAUGAAUAGUCGUGAACAACAUGUAAAUCUUGAAAAUUCCACAGAAACUGAGAAUGGUGUAACACUCCUCGGUUUGGUUGGUAUUAAGGAUCCACUUCGUCCUGAAGUUAUUCAAGCUGUUUCACAAUGUAAGAAAUCUGGAAUAGUCAUUCGGAUGGUCACUGGAGACAAUCUUCUCACUGCUCAAUUCAUUGCUCGAGAGUGUGGAAUUCUACUCGAAGAUGGUAUUUGUAUGACUGGUCAGGAAUUUUGCGAGUUGAAUGAUCACGAGUUGGAUCAAAUUUUACCUCAAUUGCAAGUGCUGGCCCGAUCCACUCCCGAUGAUAAGCUUCGUCUUGUGAAACGUCUCAGAGAGAACGGUCGUGUCGUGGCCAUGACUGGUGACGGUACUAAUGAUGGUCUUGCUUUGAAAGAAGCCGAUGUGGGUUUGAGUAUGGGUUUAUCUGGAACCAUGAUCGCGAAAGAGGCCUCAGAUAUUGUCAUUUUGGAUGAUAAUUUCAGUUCCAUUGUGAAAAGUGUCCUCUGGGGUCGUAGCAUCUAUGAGAAUAUUCGUAAAUUCUUAAUGUUCCAAUUGACUGUGAAUGUCUGUGCCUUAUUAGUAACCAUUGUAACAGCAGUGGCUGGUAUGAUUAUGAAAUCGACCAAUUCCAACAAUAGUGAAACUCAUACUGAUCCCUCAUCGAACACAUCCUUCCGUUUAGAACCUCCAUUGACUGCCAUUCAAUUAUUGUGGGUGAAUUUGAUCAUGGACACUUUUGCAGCGUUGGCCUUAGCCACCGAACCACCCUAUCGAGAAUUAUUGGACCGAAAACCUUACGGACGCCAUGAUGCCAUCAUUACCAAGAAUAUGUGGUUUCAUAUUUGUGGGCAAUCGUUGUAUCAAUUCAUAGUGUUGGUUCUGUUGUAUGUUUUCGGGGGUAUGGGAAAGAAAUACGAAGGAAAUUGCAAAAUCACCAGAAAAUUUUAG